AUGGAAGAUCUCAAAUAUCGAAUGCGUGUCUGUCUCUGGUACGACUACAAACAAGACAAAACAGCUGCCGAAUCCCACAGAGAUUUAUUGCGAGUUUUUGGUGAUGAAGCUCUUUCCGAAACACAAUGUAAGAGAUGGUAUCGACGGUUCAAGGAAGGGGAUGAAAGUCUUGAAGAUGAGCCUCGCCAAGGACGACCCGAACUUCUGCAGAACGAUCACCCCACGAGAAAUGGCGAUCUGCCAUUUCUCGUGGUUUUGAAUUCU